UGAAGCGGAAAGUAAGCGGCAUUUAGGAGCAGUCUGAGUGACUGCUGAGCAACAGGCAACUGGGCUGCAAACUCACUGAAGGCUCAUCGGCUUUGGAGGAACUGUUGCACAAAAUCCCGCUGCGAUGUCCCUGCUGUGUGUCAGAGUGAAGAAAGCCAAACUACACGGGCCUCCAGACAAGUUCAAUGCAUAUGUCACCUUAAAGGUGCAAAAUGUGAAGAGUACCACCAUCACAGUCCGAGGGGACCAGCCAUGUUGGGAGCAAGACUUCAUGUUUGAGAUCAAUCAUCUGGAGUCAGGGCUGGUGGUGGAGCUGUGGAACAAAGGUUUGAUCUGGGACACAAUGAUCGGCACGGCGCUGAUUCCCCUGGACACCAUCCGACAGUCUGACGAGGAGGGACCAGGACAGUGGACGUCUCUUGACUCCGAGGUGUUGAUGAGGGAGGAUGAGAUCUGUGGGACCACCAACCCGACUCCACACCAAGUGCUGCUGGACACCCGCUUCGAGCUGCCCUUUGAUAUUCCAGAGGACGAAGCUCAGUACUGGACCAGUAAACUGGAGCGCAUUAACACCAUGCGGAUACAUGACGAGUAUCCACUGCAGGAAGAAGUCCAGAGAAGAGGAAUGGCAUCUGUGCCCUCUCAGUGCUCUUUCGAUGACCAUGACAGUGCAGUGGAUGACCGCGAUAGUGACUACCGCAGUGAAACUGGCAACAGACCUCCGCGGUUCCACAACACCUCUCAGACAAAUUCAUCAGUGCACCAGUACCCCAUAGGACGCAGAGUCCAGCAUCAAACCCUGUCUAGGGAGUCUGACUCUAUACAGAGCUACGAGCUAGACUAUAGAGAAAUGAGGGGGCCGAGUCCACCGGACAGCAGUCGCUUUGAUUCAUCAGGCAACCUCAGCCCAGCCAGCUCCCAGCUGAGCUCUGAGCCUGAGGAGCGCCGAGAUCCAGACUCCCGCCACCCCAGCGCCAUGCGUCCCCCUCCCACUAGCCAGAGGUCUACCUGGGAUGAGGAAGAAGAGGACGAGGAAGAGGUUGAGAAAGAGCUGCAUCCACUACCAGAGCCUGGUUCCAACAAGGAUUUGAAGGACUCUUCUGUCAUCCUGCCCAAACCAGUCGUGGACAACAGUGAUAACAAGAGUCAGACUAAAAUCAGUUUCUUCGAGGACGGCCCUCCACCGUGCUCCCCAUCCAAAGUUCGCUGGCUGAAGGCAUACAACAAAGUGAGAGUACAGCUCCUUGAGGGCCGAGAUCAAGAUGGUGACCCCAGCAAGCACCCAUGGGCCAAGCCAGGGGGAAACACACCGUUUGGCAUUGACAGCAUGCCAGACCUCCGCAAGAGGAGACCCAUUCCCCUUGUUAGUGAACUGGCUAUGUCUAUGAUACAGUCCAGGAAAGCUGGACUCGCCCACACACUGGCCACACGGACCUCCCUGAAAGACGAGGAGCUUAAAAACCACGUGUACAAGAAGUCCCUGCAGGCUCUGAUCUACCCCAUCUCCUGCACCACGCCACAUAAUUUCGAGGUUUGGACGGCCACUACGCCCACCUACUGCUAUGAGUGCGAGGGUCUGCUUUGGGGUAUCGCCCGGCAGGGUAUGCGCUGUGCGGAGUGCGGGGUCAAAGUGCACGAGAAAUGCCAAGAGCUGCUGAACGCCGACUGCCUGCAAAGAGCGGCUGAGAAGAGCUCCAAGACCGGGGCGGAGGACCGGACGCAGCACAUCAUCAUGGCUAUGAAGGACAGGAUGAAGAUCCGCGAGAGGAACAAGCCGGAGAUCUUUGAGGAGAUCCGGAAGGUGUUCAACAUCACCAAGAUGAUCCACGUCCAGCACAUGAAGAGCAUCAAGCAGAGCGUCCUGGACGGCACCUCCAAGUGGUCGGCCAAGAUCACCAUCAACAUCGUCAGUGCGCAGGGUCUCCAGGCCAAGGACAGGACGGGCUCCAGCGACCCGUAUGUCACCAUUCAAGUUGGGAAGACCAAGAAGAGGACAAAGACCAUCUACGGCAACCUGAACCCAGUCUGGGAGGAAAAGUUCAGCUUCGAGUGUCACAACUCGUCGGAUCGUAUCAAGCUGCGGGUUUGGGACGAGGACGAUGACAUCAAGUCUCGAGUGAAGCAGCGUCUGAAGAGGGAGUCCGACGACUUCUUGGGUCAGAGCAUCAUCGAGGUCCGGACUCUGAGCGGAGAGAUGGACGUCUGGUACAACCUGGAGAAGAGAACAGACAAGUCGGCGGUGUCUGGUGCCAUUCGUCUUCAGAUCAGUGUGGAGAUCGAGGGAGAGGAGAAGGUGGCACCCUACCACGUACAAUACACGUGCCUUCAUGAGAACAUGUUCCACUACUCGACAGACGUGGAGGGAGGCGGCGUGGUGAAGAUCCCAGUGGCUCAUGGAGACGACGCUUGGAAAGUUUACUUUGAUGAGGUGCAGCAGGACAUCGUGGACGAGUUCGCCAUGCGCUACGGAAUCGAGUCCAUAUACCAGGCCAUGACUCAUUUCUCUUGCCUGUCCUCUAAGUACAUGCUGUCAGGGGUGCCCGCAGUGAUGAGCACCCUGCUGGCCAACAUCAAUGCCUUCUACGCCCACCCGACCGCCUCCACCAACGUCUCAUCUCCGGCUAGAUUUGCAGCCUCCAACUUCGGGAGAGAUCGUUUUGUGAAGCUUCUGGAUCAACUGCACAACUCCCUGCGUAUCGACCUCUCCAUGUACAGAAACAACUUCCCAGCCAGCAGCAAGCCCCGCCUCCAUGACCUCAAGUCAACAGUGGAUCUUCUCACCAGCAUCACCUUCUUCAGGAUGAAGGUCUUGGAGCUGCAGAGUCCUCCCAGGGCCGCCAACGUGGUGCGGGACUGCGUCAAGGCCUGCCUGAACUCAACCUACGAGUACAUCUUCAACAACUGUCUGGAGCUCUUCAACCGCCAGUUCCAGCCCGCCGUACCACCGCCUGAGCCUGAGAAGAAAAAGAAGAAGAAGAAGAAGAAGGAAAAAGUGGAAGGAGAGGAGGAGGAAGGUGAUGGAGAGGAAGAAGAAGAUGAGGAGGAAGAGGAGGAGGAGGAGGAGGAGAAGAAAGAGGAGAUCCAGCAGGAGGAGCAGGGCCCGAGCAUCCAGAAUCUGGACUUUUGGCCAAAACUCAUCACGCUCAUCGUCUCCAUCAUUGAGGAGGACAAGAACUCGUACACACCCAUCAUUAACCAGUUUCCUCAGGAACUCGAUGUGGGUAAAGUCAGCACGGAGGUGAUUUGGAGGCUGUUUGCUCAGGACAUGAAAUAUGCUCUGGAGGAGCACGAGAAGCAUAAACUCUGCAAGACUGCUGACUACAUGAACCUGCACUUCAAGGUCAAGUGGCUUUAUAACGAGUAUGUUAAGGACCUGCCCGCCUUCGCUGACACUGUGCCUGAAUACCCUGCGUGGUUCCUCCAGUUUGUUCUGGCCUGGCUGGCUGAGAACGAGGAGGUGUCGAUGGAGUUCAUGCACGGAGCGCUGGAGAGAGACAAGAGAGAGGGGUUCCAGCAGACGUCUGAGCACGCUCUGUUCUCCAGCUCGGUGGUGGACAUCUUCACGCAGCUCAACCAGAGCUUCGAGAUCAUCAAGAAGCUGGACUGCCCCGACCCCGCCGUGGUGGCGCAUUAUAACCGACGCUUCGCCAAGACGAUCACCAAAGUGCUGCUGCAGUACUGUGCCCUGCUGGCCAAGAGCUUCCCCUCCUACUGUGAGAAGGAGAAGAUACCCUGCGUGCUGAUGAACAACAUCCAGCAGAUGAGGGUCCUGUUGGAGAAGAUGUUCGAGUCGAUGGGAGCAAAACAGCUUGAGAACGAGGAGGAGCCCGAGGAGUUAGAUGAGGAGGUGGGUCAACCUGUGGGUCAAACUGCAGACAUCAAAAUGCUCUCUUAG